AUGCCCCAACUUGUUGCACUUUUCACACUUAACAUUAGGUCUUCUACAACAUUUGAAAGGAGGAUGACCCACUUUGCCACAGUGCUUGCAAGGAGGAAAUCCUUUGUUGUCUCCAUUAUUGUUGCUAGUGUUAGUUGCUGCUUCUUGGGUCUUGAAAUUAUUCUUCUUGUAUUUCUUCCACUUGCUUUUCUCUCCUUGUAUCAAAUAGGAGUGAAAUUCAUUAACGAUUGGUUGAAGCAUGGAGGAAGCAACAGCAUAAGCCUCAUGGUUUGGGAUCUGCAACCUUCAGAAGAUGCAAGUAGAGGCUCAUCUAAGUUGUCUCGUUCAGACGUUGAAAAGCUGAAGCAAAGUGUGGUGUCCAAGAAGAAAAAGAACACAAACCUUCACUUAUCAAGUUUUGUGUUAUCUAUUGCCUAUGCAUGGGUUUGCAGGGUGAGAGCUGAGGAAAUUAAAAACAAAAGCGUUGCUUUGGCUCUAACUGUUGAUUGUAGGUGGCGUUUGGAGCCACCUCUUCCUGCAACAUACUUUGGGAACUGUGUUGGAUUCAGACUUCCAAUUGCUGAAACGAGAGAGUUGUUGGGGGAAGAAGGACUAGUUGUGGCUGUGGAAGCAGUGAGUGAUACAUUGGAAACUCUGAAGGAUGGAGCAGUGAGUGGAGCAGAAAAUUGGUCAUCAUGGUUGCUUGAUGGUAUGGGAGCUGAAGCUGAUGUGAAGAAAAUUGGUGUUGCUGGGUCACCGAGGUUUGAGGUAUAUAGUAGUGACUUUGGCUGGGGAAGACCAAAGAAGGUAGAGAUGGUGUCUAUUGAAAAAACUGCAGUGUUUGGGCUUUCAGAUAGCAGAAAUGGGGAUGGAAUUGAGAUAGGUUUUGCUUCUCUUUUUGUCAAUGGCCUUGAAUCUCGAGUCUCUCUCAGUUUGGUUAGAUCUUGUUGCUUUUCAGGAAUAAAAAUUUAAUCUUUUGCUCUAGCAUUUAGCAGCUUCUUAUUUGAAAUGCUCUGUUCGUGUGUAAUAAUAAUGUGUUUGGAUUGCGGUUUGAGAGACACCUUUACUAAUGUAUCUAACUAAUGGCUAUAGGUAACUAACAUGCACCAAACAUUUAUUCAUCAAUAAUACAAUGUGAACCGAUUUUCCAAUGAUUCUAAGACAACAAAUCUACUACCUAUGCAGCUUGGUAGGGAACUUACUGUUCAACCGCAGAAUAUUCCAUAUGAACAUUUUGUUUGGUGACUUUGAUCAAUAGAAAAUGCAGGCCCUGCAAAUAUUAGUUAGCACUUUCCAAAGAAAAAAAAGGAGAAGUAACAACAUUGAUGAAUCGGAGAAAAUGUAAGAUACAUUCAACAGAUGUGUAACUCAAACUCACCUAUAGUCAUUUCACCCAUGUUGUGUACUUGUUUUAUCUUAGUCUUACGUUUCGAAGCACCUUCAAUAACAAGGAUUGGCGCCAGACAAAACUCAAUGCCAAUUUAAACACACUAUUAGUCAUGUACUGCUGUGGAUUAUGUAAAAUGUUUUGAUAAUGAAUUAAUAUUUUUGUCUUUCUUUUUUAUCUUUCUUUAUUUCUUAUUUGAUCC